AAGAGACGAGGAAUUCUGAAAACUGACAAGGCGGGUGAUUAUGGAAAGUGUCCUUCUCUCUGUAGGUUAUAAGAUAUCGCUCUCCUGGUGGUGCUUUAUCUCCUUUUAUCGGAAAAAUGGGCCGCCAUCGUAAACGUGUCAUGGCCGCAAAGAAAGACUGCGAGUCGACAAAUCCUCCCGCGGUGUCUGGGCCUAAGUUUAAUCGAACUGAAGCGAAGGACAUGGCUAGGUCGUCUUCGGCAGCCAUAGGAGGAGAUGACCCACACGGAAAGACGGACAGUGAAGGCGGGGACGAGGCCCCCCCCGUCGGGUCAGAGGUGACUGAGGAGGAAGAAGCAGGUCAUUCGGGAGACGUGGCCAAGAGGACCUGUUUGACACCGGGUUUUUUCUAUUCCGGUGGGCGACGUGGCAGACCGAAGGGCAACUCGAUCCCCCCGGAGCAGAAUGGUCUUGAUGGUGAGUCAUCAGUCAGCAAACAUGACUUGGGAAGUAGAAAAGAUAAGAAUACUAAGUUACCAGAACAAAAUAUUUCACUGGAUUCUGGCUCAGGUCUAGGCGGUAAGGAAUCUGAAAUGGAGCAUGGACGGCAUCCUGAUCAUUGUGGCAGCACAAGAGGACAAUCUUUAGAUAAAAAUGGUGAAAAGCUCCAACAGCCUCGGCGUUCUCUUCGUUGUGCCAGAAUAAAACGUGAAACACCUGGAGAUGUCUAUGGCCUGAAAAGUAAGGCAGACCCUUGCCCUAUUUGUCUGCGUCAGAUGAGGGGACGAGUUGGAACACUUGAGAGUUGUGCUCAUGCAUUUUGUCUUCCAUGCAUUCUGAAAUGGUCAGAGGCUAACAGCUCAUGUCCAAAAGACCGAAUUCAGUAUUCAGAGGUACUUGCACACCAUCACUUAGGGGAACCAGUGUACAAAAGGAUUCCUGUUGAAAAGAAAAUACCAGAAGAUUAUUCUGAAUCUGAUUCCUCUUUUGAAUCAGAAUUAGAAGAUUAUUCUGAAUCUGAUUCCUCUUUUGAAUCAGAAUUUUACUUUAAUCCAAAUGAAUCAUCAGAGUUUGAAGAUUUUGAUGAGUUUGAAGAUUUUGAUGACAGUGAUGAUGAUGAUGAUGAUGACUAUGACUUUUCUGACGAACCUGAGUGGAUACGCUGUGAGAUAUGUGGCCGCGGUGACUAUCCUUUCCGUUUUUCCACUUGCAGUGCUUGUUCCGACUCUUUUCACAGCCGUUGCUAUGAUGUAUCAAGAGAAGAGCUUAGGAAAUCUAGGAUGGGUGAAUUUGUAUGUGAGAACUGUGAAGAAAAGGAAGAAGGGAGGAACUGAAUAAUGUUAGAUGGAUUGUCUUAAUUUGUUUUAAAACCUCUUUGGUUACUUUGGUUAAUUACUUUACUAUAUUGAUUUUUAAUUUUCAGAUAUUUGGUUAAAUGUAUCUGAAAGUCAUUCAUAUAUAUCAAUUACUGUAGUAACUGCAUGCGUUCAGAUGAAAGUGUUCUUGUUUUGUUAGUCAAAAGGUGCCCCCAUCAUUUUGGGGAAUUACUCAUUCAUCUAGCUAUUCUGCCUUUUCAAGCUUGUGUGAGACUGCCUUACCCUUAUAUAUAUGUGAAUACAUUGUAUAUGCAUUAAUGCCAUUGUUGGCUUUUGUGGAUUUAUCAGGAGAAUUGUUUUAUGUUUUCAGUUCUGUUAUGUAUUCUGCUUAAUUCUCAAUUUUAUUGUAAACAUGACCUGGGUAAUUACUGCACUAAAGUUCCCUCUCUUGCUAUCAUGUACUGGGUAAACUUUGUGCAUGGACAUAGAACAAGACAUUUAGUCAUUUUGUGCAGGUAUUGUAAGUUAUUUUAUUUAUUCACAUCACUGAAUUGAAUCCUGGCACGAAAAGUAUAUUUUUCUUUUACCGAAAUAGUAAUAAUUAUUAUAUAUUAUCGAGUCCAGUAUGAAGUGUUUACUUUCAACAGAAAUUUGAAAUUUUAUUUUAUAGUCAAAUUCAGUACUUUAUUUAUUCACAUCACUGAAUCCUGGCACAAAAAGUAUAUUUUUAUCGUACUGAAAAAGUAAUACAUUAUUACAGAUUAGCGAGUCCAGUAUGAAGAGUUUAUUUUCAACAGAAAUUUGUAAUGUUUUUGUAUAGUCAAAUUGUCAAAUUCAGUAGGAUAUUUUUUCUGGAAUAUGGGUAGAUUUUCUUUCUCAAAUGAACCCAGUAUGUUAGAAUUUUUAUUCCCAAGUUUUGAUUACUUUUUUGUAACCAGUUAAUCAUAUAUGAAAGCAUAGUUUGAGUAGUUUUUUAUUUUUCUAUUUUAUAAAAAUAUUGAUAGAUAUUUUCAGAACAAGAGUAUGUAGACAUUUUCAUACCAGUAGUGCAAGUGCUGGUUGGUUGAGAUUAGCCAUAGAAGUGGAUGGAUGGAAAUAUAUAUUCUAAUUUUCCUAUGAUCAAAUGGUGUCAAAACUCUGUUCUUCAGUUCCAAGCAUUGCUCUCAUACCUUGGUUUUGACUUCUAAAACAUGAGAGUAAUUUCCGAAAGGAUAAAGAUAUCUUUAGAAAGAUAAUUGUAAGUAGAGGAUGAAUUUUGAGGUGUAUGAGGCACUAUGAGAAUUUUGUGACGGUGCCUUUACUUACUGAAGUACUUUGUAACAGCUUGACAACUCAAACUAACCAGGAAUCAUUAAUCAUGGAAGAGUGGUGCAAUGCAGUAGAAAAACCUGCUCCCCCCCCCCCCCCCCCAAAGGGUAAUGACCAGCAAUUCAUUAUUACCUCUUUUGUAAAAGCUGUUAACUGAUUUGUCAACCUGGCCAUCACAGUGCUCAAUCAAAGGUUGAAACUACAUAUUUGAAUUUAUGGAUUUUUUUAGAGCAAAGUUUCAUAUAUUGUAAAGUUUAUAUAUUAUGAAACAAAUCAUUCUACAAAUGUUGAAUUCAUAUAGUUUAUUAAAGCUGAUGGGUAAGUUUAAGUACAUGAAAGUUAAAUUUCAAAUAUAUACUACUGAGAAUUGUAUGACAUUUAAUCCGAGGUAUUGAGGUAGCUUGGUUUGUUUCUACAAUUAUUAUUUUUUAUUAUUUUUAGGGGGCAUAGGAGAGGUAUGCUGAUGCCAUUCUAUUUUGUCAAGUGAGACUUUAUUGUAUAUGCAUAUCACAUGCACUUUACUGUGAUAUUAUUGAAUAAUAAGUAUCCAUAAAAUGUC